AUGUCUGCAGCCGAGCAAGCCGGGACGUCCUCAAGUUCUUCCUCCAACUCUUCUCGAAGACCCAAGGACCAGAGAGACAACAACCUUAAGCUGCUCAAGUCCACCAAGGCGCUGUCCACCAGCGCUAAGAGGAUCCAGAAAGAGCUGGCAGAAAUCACGCUGGACCCACCACCCAACUGCAGUGCUGGUCCGAAGGGUGACAACCUGUAUGAAUGGGUGUCCACCAUCCUGGGGCCGCCUGGGUCUGUGUACGAGGGUGGAGUUUUCUUCCUGGACAUCCACUUCUCUCAAGACUAUCCUUUUAAACCUCCUAAGGUGACAUUCCGGACCCGUAUCUACCACUGUAACAUCAACAGCCAAGGUGUGAUCUGUCUGGACAUCCUGAAGGACAACUGGAGCCCCGCCCUCACCAUCUCCAAAGUCCUGCUGUCCAUCUGCUCACUGCUUACUGACUGCAAUCCCCAUGAUCCUCUUGUCGGUAGCAUUGCCACGCAGUACACCAGUGCCAGGGAGGAGCAUGAUAGGAUAGCUCGCCAGUGGACUAAACGAUAUGCCACAUAGGAUGAUGCUAUGCUUUGUAAUGACAAUACUUGUUAAACCUGCUAGGUGUUAGCUAUCCAUUGGUUAAGUAUACUGCAUUGUCUUGUGGAUGAGUGAAUGGGGAUAAGUAUUUGUAAAGCAUAAAGGUAGAUGUGGUUGCUAAAUGAAUUCACUAUCAAUAUGUCUUAAUAUGAACUAAUAAUGAAGUACCAUAGUAGCCCUUUGUCAAGAAAAAAUAAAUAUCCUUGGUUAUGCAUCAUAAGGUACAGCAUUGAUCAUUUAGUCAUGGACAACUUAGAACAUAGAUGUAUUUGUGUUACAUGCUACACUUAUUUUGAUGUCUUACCGGUAUUGCUUUGACACUGUUAUGUUUAAGAAUGAAGCAAGACGUUGAAGACAUCUUAGGUUUAUACAUCACUGCUCUGUAUCUUUGUGCUUACAAGAAAGUGCCAGACAUUGCUGCAUGAUAAUAUAUGUAUGUUGAAAAGCAGUUAACUUACAUAGGUCCUAACAUACAUUUAAGCUUACAAAGAGGUACAUAAAUUAAUAGCAUUAGAAAUAGCCAAAUGUCUACCUACUCAUGGCACAGUUAGGCAACUUUUAAUGUAUGUGUUAUAUGCCUUGAUGCCCACUUAAGGUUUCUGGUAGAAUUUAUUUCCAGCAUAGAAACUGAAUGAAUGAGUGGACAUAGUCAAUAUUGCAGCUGAUAACAUAGUGGUGUAAAUCAAUGAGUUAGGCAGAUCAAGCCAUGUUCACUGCGGCAGCAAUUUAUUUAUUGCACUGACCAAUGAUCAGUCACAUCUGGUCACAUGAUAGUUCCUACAGCCACCUUUGACCAUUGCUGCCAUUUGUGUGGCUUGUAUGUUUGAUGCUAUAUGUAAGACAUUUAGGUUGGACCUCCAUACAUACAGAUUUGUCAAACUCUGUUCAAACAAAGUGAGUUGACACUAUGUGUUGAAUAACGGUCCAAUGCCUGUUCAGGAAAACAAGAACUUCCCACAAAAACAAACUGUUAAGUGUUUGUAGCCUGGUGCAAUUAUUUGCUGUUAUAGAAAUACCCUUGCCCUUGUAGAUCUACAGUGACAGGUUCUAAGUAAUAGUACAGCAUAUAUUCUUUACAUUUGUCCAUUGGUUUUGCCCAGUCCCUGUCUUUAUUGCUAAGCAAACAUAAAAACCUGAGUACCAAGUACUUAAUGCCUCAGCAUUGAAGUGAAUUUAGUAUUGAUUGAACUUUUGUAACUGUAUAUUUGCACAUCUAGUUCACCAUAUUACAGUAGCAAAGAAUAACAAGCUGCCAGUAUACUGCAGAACUGUUCUUAUUGGUAAGUACCACAUAAAUGGAGCACUGUGGAAGAAAAUCAAGUAUUAAGUUUUAAGAUGUCCAGUAUCAUGAGUAAUGUAGUAAAACUGCACUGUUAUGAGAAAUUAAAGGAACUUCACAUGAGUACAUGUAUUUCAUUUAUUGUUGUGUAAGGUAGUGACACAGUAUGAAAGUCUGUAAUGUUUUCUGAUAUGUACAUACAGUAGAUUUGAUGCAUUUGCCAAACUGAAAUAAACUUCACAUGUAUAAACUGCAA